CUGAGCUGUCCUACAGUCCCACUGUCCAAUGGUCUGCAGAUUCCAAUAUUGGGAUUAGGACUGCACUCUUCUGGACAGAGACUUCAGAUGUUUACCUGGAAUCCACUGGAGCCACUCUCCCAGUUUGGGGGUCACAGCUCCCAGUGCUUUGAUUACCACUGGCACCACUGUUGCCUUCACGUCCCACAUCUUUUCUUGCUCCUCUUUCAGCCCUUGGUAUUUUUCCAGCUUCUCUUGUUCCUUCUUCUUGAUGUUGCUGUCGCUCAGGAUUGUUUCAUCUAUCAGCACUGCCUUCUUGUGUUGUUUGUCCAUUAACACGAUGUCCAGUUGGUUAGCCGUCACCAGUUUGUCUGGAUCUGGAAGUCCCACAGGAUCUCAUCCACCUCUGGAGGUGUCCUCCAUUCUGACCUUGGGACUUCCAGCCCAUACUCAGUGCAGAUGUUCCUCUACACUAUGCCAGCCACUUGGUUAUGGUGUCCCAUGAACACUGUUACUGCCUGUAUCUUACACCCUGCUAUUAUGAGCUGAACUGUCUCAGGAGCAUCUUUUCACAGCCUGCACCUGGGGUCCUGUCUGCUGUGGUAGACCCCUGCUUCUGUUGAUCUUGUACUUAGUGCCUGUUCCUGCAAUGCCAUGAUUAGUGCUUCUGUCUGUCAGUCAAGCCACUGCAAGGAUUUCUUGAUGUCGGCUACUUCUUCAAUCUGUCAGUGGUACCUGCCGUGCAGGGGCUUGUUCUUCCAUGAGAUAUUCACUUAGCAGCUCAUCUUUGGGGCCAUCUUCCUGAUGUAUUCCUGGACCUUAGUUGUGUCAUCCUGGACAGUGGCUCUGACGCUCAGCAGUCCUCUGCCCCCCUUGUUCUGCUUAGCGUACAGUCUGUCUCAGGGUGCUGGACUUGGGUUGAAACCCUCCAUGCAUUGUGUGUCUGACUUUUCAGGACCUGCCUUGCUAUGUGUGGGUAUUUGGCUGUGACUGACUUCCUUGCGGCCUCCUCAUUGUUCCCAUUUGCUUGCGGGACCUUAAGGUAUAUGUAGCUGUCCUGAACAUCUGCAAUGCUGCCUUUUGGUAGUUCAAACCUCUCGGUCCUGAUUGUCUUCUUAUCACAAUUAUCCAGUCCAAAUGACACACACAUCACCUUUGAAUAGAUCUAAAGUGACAUUGCUUUUUAACUGUCUGUAUUUUCUCUCUACACCAGGCACAUCCCAUCAUGGCGGAUACUCUCAUGAUGCCGUUGUGUAUGCACUCACUGAGUGUGGCAUGCGCCACAUCGACACAGCAAAGCGCUACGGCUGUGAGGAGAAGCUGGGUUACGCGAUAAGAGAAAGCGGGAUACCACGAAGUGAUCUGUGGGUCACCAAUAAACUGUGGCCGGGGGACUAUGGAUACAAAGCUGCAAAGAAGGCUUGCCGGGACUCCUGUUCACAGAUGGGGGUGGAAUAUUUCGAUCUGUAUCUGAUGCACUGGCCAGAGUCAUUGCGACCUGGUUGCUCCAACAGAGAGGUGAGAGCGGAGACCUGGAGAGAUUUGGAGGAACUCUAUAAAGAAGGGGUGUGCUCUGCUAUUGGAGUGAGCAACUUCCUGGUUCGCCACCUGGAAGAGUUAAAGGAAGACUGCAGUGUUGUGCCACAUGUUAACCAGGUGGAGUACCAUCCUUUCCAGCAGCCCAGUCAGCUGAUAAAAUACUGUCGUCAGGAGGGAAUUGUGUUUGAAGGCUACAGUCCUCUGGCUAAGGGUCAAGCCCUCAGCAACCCAACCGUUCUACAGUUAGCAGAAAAACACGGACGCACACCUGCUCAGAUCUGCAUCCGCUGGAGCAUUCAGAAUGGAGUUGUCACAAUACCGAAAUCAAUCACAAAGAAGAGGAUUCAGGAAAACUGUCAGGUGUUUGGGUUCCAGCUGGAGGAGUCAGACAUGGCUGCUUUGGGAAGCUUACACGAUGGAAGACACGUGACUUGGGAUCCAACAGACGUGGAGUAAAAAUAUGUGAGAGGAGUCAGUGUUUAUCGUGGACAUUUGGUCAGUAAUAGAUGACUGAAGAUAUGAUCUUGUGAUUGUAAUAAGAUUUUAAUUAACACUUUGCUCAUUAGUAGUGUGUCACACUUUGCCUGUAGGGAGACUCUACUACGAUGUGAAGUUCAUUCAUCUCAGCUACCUCUUCUGGAAAAGAUUAACAAACAGGCACGUGAACUCAGAAGGACCAAACAAUUCACCUGUACUGUACUUUAUAUUAAUAUCUACUUAUUUUUGUUUAAUAAUGCAAGAAUGACUGCAUGUUACAAUCAUGUUAUAUAAAAAAAUGAUUUUCAUUCUAAAUACUGAAAAUUUGCCUUUGUUGAAAUAAAGCUGUCACACUGAGAAUGUGAAGGAUUUUUAGGAUUUCCUAACUCCUGGAUUUACAGGCUUUAACAAAGGACCUGCAUUAAAUGAGGCUGAGUUUGCAGGGCACUUUAAACAUAUCCAUUCAUUGACUCAAAAGGCUGAUGUGCAGGUAUUAUCUUAGGUACUGGUUUGACCCCCACCCAGUAUCACU